AUGGCGGCAUCGUGGACGGUGGAAGAACUGCCACCGCAACAUCAAGUGUUCAUCAAUUUUCGUGGGGCAGAGUUACGCCGUGGAUUCGUCAGCCAUCUCGUCACGGCCUUGGAAAAUCAUAACAUUAAGGUCUUUAUCGACGCCUACGAAAACAGAGGCGAACAUCUAGAUUCCCUUUUAAAUAGAAUAGAGGAAUCGAGAAUCGCUCUUGCUAUAUUCUCCGUGAGGUACACCGAAUCAAGUUGGUGUUUGAGAGAGCUGACCAAGAUCAAUGAACGUGUUGCGGAAGGCAAAAUCGUGGCUAUUCCCAUCUUCUACAAAGUGGAUCCAUCCACCGUGAGUGAGGUUACGGGAGAGUUUGGUGAUGCAUUUAGGAAACUGGCCAAGGGUGAUGAGAGGAAGAAAGAGUGGAAGGAAGCUUUGGAGGAGAUUCCUGAGCUAAUGGGCAUCACCUUGCACGAGAGAAGCACCGAGAGCAAAAAAAUCGUCAAAAUUGUGACGGCUGUUAAGAAAGUUCUGAUCAAAAGUCCGACGGAGGGAAGCCAGAAAGCCAUUGUGGAUCCUUCAGAAAGUAGUGACACUGGAACUUACUCAGGCGGAGAAAAGGAUAAGACUUUUGGAAUCGAACAACGCUUGAAGGAAUUGGACGAGAAGUUGGAUCAGAAGAGAUACAAGGGAACUCGUAUCAUUGGAGUUGUUGGCAUGCCUGGAAUUGGUAAAACCACACUGCUGAAAGAGCUCUUUAAGAAGUGGCAGCCUAAGUUUACUAGGCACGCAUUAAUCGAUCAAAUCCGCGAAAAGUCAAAUAAUUUCGGGUUAGAUUGCUUGCCCACAUCGCUCUUAGAGAAGCUACUACCGGAUUUGAGAAAUCCCCAAAUAGAUGAUUUCGAGGAACCAUACAAAGAUCAUAAGGGUCAACUUGACAAACGCAAAGUUCUUGUCGUUCUUGAUGAUGUCAGUACAAGGGAACAGAUAUACGCUCUUCUUGGGAAAUAUGAUCUUCUCAAGAAACAUGAGUGGAUUAUAGAUGGAAGCAGGAUUGUCAUUGCGACAAACGACAUGUCCUUGUUAAAGGGUCUGGUUCAUGACACCUAUGUUGUCCGGCAACUGAACCACAGAGACAGCUUACAACUUUUUCGCUAUCAUGCCUUUGAUGACCAUCAAGCCAUUCCUCCCAAGGUAGAUCAUUUCAUGCAGCUGUCGGAUGAGUUUGUGCAUUAUGCCAGAGGUCAUCCACUAGCUCUCAAAAUAUUGGGUAGCGAGCUUUACGAGAAAGAUCUAAAGCAUUGGGAGACAAAACUGAGAAUACUCGCUAAAAUUCCCAGCACUUAUAUUGGAGAGGUUGUCAAAGUAAGCUAUGAUGAAUUGAGUCCAGAGCAGAAGGAUGCAUUUCUCGACAUAGCCUGUUUCAGAUCCGAGGAUGUGGAUUAUGUAGAAAGUUUACUGGCUUCAUCUGCUGAAACAACAAGUGUAGUAAAAGCUCUCAAGAAUAAGUUCUUGAUUAAUACUUGUGACGGUCGUGUGGAGAUGCAUGAUCUACUGUAUACAUUUUCUAGGGAACUUGAUCCUAAAGCAUCCACUCAAAGUGGUAGCAAACAACGGAGGCUGUGGCUCCAUCAAGACAUAAUCAAGGGAUGCAAAGUUAAUGUUCUGCGAAAUCAAAUGAGAGCUCCCAAUGUCAGAGGUAUUUUCCUAGAUUUGUCUGAAGUGGAGGGCGAAACGAGCUUAGACAGUGACCACUUCAAAAAUAUGCGUAAUCUCCGGUAUCUCAAGUUCUACAAUUCUCAUUGUCCUCAGGAAUGUAAAACCGACAAUAAGAUCAACAUCCCUGAUGGACUUGAGCUACCAUUGCAAGAGAUCCGAUGCUUCCACUGGCUGAAAUUCCCACUGGAGGAACUUCCAAUCGAUUUCGAACCGAUUAAUCUCGUGGACCUUAAGCUGCCCUACAGCGAGAUUGAACAGCUUUGGGAUGGUGUUAAGGUUACACCAGUCUUAAAAUGGGUCGAUCUCAAUCACUCAAGUAAGUUGAGCAACUUGUCAGGAUUAUCAAACGCUCAAAAGCUUCAAAGACUGAACCUUGAAGGGUGCACAAGUCUCAAAUCUCUUGGAGAUGUGAAUUUGAUAUCUCUAAAAACUCUCACCCUCAGCAACUGCUCAGAAUUCAAGGAAUUUCCGUUGAUUCCAAAAAACCUAGAAACUCUACACUUGGACAGAACAGCAAUAAGUCACCUUCCUGACAAUGUGGUGAGCCUCGAGAGACUUCUCUUGUUGAAUAUGAAGGACUGCAAAGAGUUGGAGAAUAUCCCUACCUGUAUUGGUGAGCUGAAAUCUCUUCAGAAACUGGUACUAUCUGGUUGUUUAAAGCUCAAGGAAUUUCCAGACAUCAUCAACAAGAGCUCUUUGAUCAUUUUACUUCUGGAUGGGACAUCUAUUAAAACGAUGCCGUUGUUACCCUCAGUGCAGUAUUUAUGCUUAAGCAGAAAUUAUCAGAUUAGCUGCCUCCCAGCUGGGAUCAAUCAUCUUUCUCAACUAACAUGGCUGGAUUUGAAGUAUUGUAAGAGUCUUACAUCUUUUCCAGAGUUACCCCCAAAUCUUCAGUACUUAGAUGCACACGGCUGUAUCUCACUGAAGACAGUUGCAAAACCGUUGGCCCGUAUCAUGCCGACCGCGCAGAACCAUUGCACGUUCAAUUUCACCAACUGUGGCAACCUGGAGCAAGCUGCAAAGGAGGAAAUCACAUCGUAUGCUCAGAGGAAAUGCCAGUUACUAUCAGAUGCUCGUAAACACUACAAUGGGGGUCUUGUUUCAGAGGCUUUGUUCAGCACUUGCUUUCCUGGAUGUGAGGUGCCUUCGUGGUUUUGUCAUGAAGCAGUUGGACCUCUUUUGCAACGCAAACUACUCCCACAUUGGCAUGAAAAGAGACUUUCUGGCAUAGCUCUAUGUGCUGUAGUCUCAUUUCUUGAUGGCCAAGAUCAAAUCAGCUGCUUCUCGGUGACAUGCACCUUUAAUGUAGAGGUUAAAGACAAGUCUUGGAUCCCCUUUACUUGCCCAAUAGGAAGUUGGACUAGAGAGGAAGACAAGAAAGACAAGAUUGAGUCGGAUCAUGUUUUCAUAGGCUACGUUAGUUGCCCACAUACCAUAAGGUGUCUCGAAGACGAGAACUCUGAUAAAUGCAAUUUUACCGAAGCCUCCCUUGAGUUUACUGUGACUGCUGGUACAACUGAGAUAGGAAAAUUCAAGGUCUUGAGGUGCGGUUUGAGUUUGGUGUACGCAAAAGAUAAAAACGAAAGUAGUUCUCAUGAGGCAAAGUAUGAUAUGCCUGUUGAAGUGAGCUCUCAAGAACCUCAACAUGGGGUGAUGGAGGGGCAAAGAGAAAUGCAAAAACAAGAAGUGAUGGUCAACCAAAGAAGAAACGAAAUACCAGAACGGUUUAUAACAUCCAGUGUCACUCAAACUUGUGGUGCGAGUGUAGCUCCAAGAAUGGAAGAUAAACUCAAGGGUCAAGCAAAUGGUUGA